GCAGCGUGACGAAGUGCAGUGCUAGCUGAGGAGGCAGCAGCAGCAGCAGCAACAUUUCCAGCAUCCUUCUAGAAUGAGCUUCCGAGAGGCUCUGACAGGAGCUGAGGAGACGCUGCGUCGGACUUAGAACUGGACUCACUGAGGAGCUCUGAGGGGAACUAACACUUUCAGCCCUGCUGUGGAUGUGCCUUUGCUUCUGGUCUGUCCUAGUUUGGGGACUGUUCUUGUCUUCUGAAAGCAAGCUUCCUCGCUUGACAGUUUACUUGACUGAAGGCUUGUUUUCUGCUCUUGUUUGUCCUCUUGUACCCCCGUGGAGCAUUGCAGUUUGGAACGGGGCGGAAUUAAGGCUAAGUGAGGAAACUGGGUCAUCUGGCUGCUCUCCUGAAGGUGAUAGGCGCAUGUGAGGGCCGGUGAUGUUUGUGACUCUACGCUCAUCCCUGGAAUGGGCUGCACCACCAGUGUCAUUCUCUUUGAGGGCCUGCGAACUGUGAUUGAGAGGAACUGUGGCUACAUCUGCAAGAAUGCUCCAGAACAGAAUGGCCUUGAGCAGGCAGAGCAGUCUCCAAGCAGGGCAGAAUCCAGGAUAUGGCCACAGUCUGCAGUGGCAAAGCCAAAAGUGAUCGAGCCUAUAGACUAUGAGACUGUCUUGGUGCAGAGGAAGACCCAAAUCCUCAGUGAUGCCCUACGGGACAUGCUGCAGUUCCCUCUGGAAGACUUUCAGAUAUCAAUCUUGAGACGCAGUGGAAGGACGAUCUAUCCUACAGUGCCAGAAAAUGCUGAGAAAGAGGCACAGAGCUUAUUUGUCCAGGAGUGCAUAAAGACCUGUAACUCAGACUGGCACGUUGUGAAUUAUAAAUAUGAGGAUUACUCAGGAGAUUUCCGACAGCUCCCAAACAAGGUGUCCCGGCCAGAUAAGCUGCCUGUCCAUGUGUUUGAGGUAGAUGAAGAUGUAGACAAAGACGAGGACACAGCCUCCCUCGGCUCCCAGAAGGGAGGGGUAACAAAACAUGGAUGGCUUUACAAAGGCAAUAUGAACAGCGCAAUCAGCGUGACCAUGAGGUCAUUCAAAAGAAGAUAUUUUCACCUAACUCAACUUGGAGAUGGAUCUUACAACCUGAACUUCUACAAGGAUGAGAAACUCGCCAGAGAGCCCAAAGGAUCAAUAUUCUUGGACUCCUGCAUGGGUGUUGUUCAGAACAACAAAGUACGGCGCUUUGCCUUCGAGCUGAAGAUGCAGGACAAGAGUACAUACCUGCUGGCAGCUGACAGUGAAGUGGAGAUGGAGGAGUGGAUCAGCACCUUGAACAAAAUCUUACACAGCAGCUUUGAACUCGCCAUGCAGGAGAAGAGGAAUGGGGAGACGCACGAAGAUGAUGACCAAGGAAAAGCAGACAGCUCAUCAGCGAGUUUGGAUAGCUUUCAGAGUGGUAGAGAUAUUGAGUCUAAAACUCGAAGUGAAACCAGGCUGAAGCUGUUUACCUUGGAUCCUGACACACAGAAACUUGACUUCUCAGGAAUUGAACCAGACACAAAGCCAUUUGAAGAGAAAUUUGGAAAGCGGAUUUUGGUGAACUGCAAUGACCUGUCCUUUAACCUUCAAAGUUGUGUUGCCGAAAAUGAAGAGGGACCAACGACAAAUGUGGAACCCUUCUUUGUCACCCUGUCACUUUUUGAUGUCCAAAACAGUCGGAAGAUCUCUGCAGACUUCCAUGUGGAUCUGAACCAUCCUUCUGUGAGACACAUGCUAUCCAAUCCAAGUUCACAGUACAUGAAUGGGGGAGGGGAGGCAGUUUUGGGACCUCAAAGAAUGUUUAAUGGGCUCGCAGAGAGCAUGCUACAGUACCCCAAACAGGGAAUAUUCUCAGUGACAUGCCCUCAUCCUGAUAUAUUCCUUGUGGCUCGAAUAGAGAAAGUACUUCAAGGAGGCAUCACGCAUUGUGCCGAGCCGUACAUGAAGAGCUCUGACUCAGCUAAGGCUGCUCAGAAGGUUCUUAAAAAUGCCAAAGUAGCUUGCAGCAGACUGGGACAGUACAGGAUGCCAUUUGCUUGGGCAGCUAGGUCUGUGUUCAAGGAUGCAUCAGGGACUCUUGACAAAAGUUCCAGAUUUUCUGCCAUCUAUAGGCAGGACAGCAACAAGCUUUCAAAUGAAGACAUGCUUAAACUGCUUGCAGAUUUUAGAAAGCCAGAAAAGAUGUCCAAGCUGCCUGUCAUCUUAGGAAACCUUGACAUAACCAUUGACAGUGUGGCUCCAGACAUAACAAAUGGUGUUACCUCAUCAUACAUUCCUGUGAAGCCGUUCGAGAACAAUGGGAAGGCAAAUGUUUUCUUUGAAGUGGAGGAGUUUGUUCCCUGCAUCGCAAAAUGUUCCCAGCCGUUCACCACGUACAACAACCACCUCUACGUUUACCCCAAGCACUUGAAGUACGACAGCCAGAAGUCUUUUGCAAAGGCGAGAAACAUCGCUGUCUGCAUCGAGUUUAAGGAUUCUGACGAGGAAGACGCUCAAGCCCUGAAGUGCAUCUACAACAGACCGGGAGGGCCCUUGUUUGUGAAAAACAUAUUUGCUGCAGUUUUGCACCACCAACAAAACCCCGAGUUUUAUGAUGAGAUUAAAAUCGAGCUCCCCACCCAGCUCCACGAAAAACACCACCUGCUCUUCACGUUCUACCAUGUGAGCUGUGACAGCACCAGCAAAGGCAGCACGAAAAAGAAGGAUGUGAUUGAGACUCAAGUCGGCUUUGGGUGGCUUCCACUGCUGAAAGAUGGCAGGGUGAUUAUGAAUGAGCAGCAGAUUCUAGUCUCUGCUACUCUUCCAGCCGGAUACCUCAGCUGUCAAGAGGCUGGAAUAGGGAAGCAUUCAGGUCCUGAAGUUAAAUGGGUUGACGGAGGAAAACCUUUGUUCAAAAUUGCCACCCACCUGGUCUCCACAGUCUACACUCAGGAUCAACAUCUGCACAAUUUUUUCCAUCACUGUCAGAGUGCACAGUCUGUUAACCAGGCUUCUGGGGGAGAGCUGGUCAAAUACCUGAAGAGUUUACAUGCCAUGGAAGGCCACGUCAUGGUCCGAUUCCUGCCAACCAUCCUGAACCAACUGUUUCGAGUGUUGACGAGAGCCACGCAGGAAGACGUUGCUGUCAAUGUCACCAGAGUAAUGAUUCAUAUCGUCUCCCAGUGCCAUGAGGAAGGAUUGGAACACUAUCUGCGAUCCUAUGUAAAGUAUGUUUUUAAGAUUGAACCUUGCGCAGCCACCAGUACAAAGACUGUUCAUGAGGAACUGGCCAAAGCAAUGACUGCAAUCCUCAAGCCAUCAACUGACUUUCUCACAAGCAACAAACUACUUAAGUAUUCCUGGUAUUUCUUCGAAGCACUGGUGAAGUCUAUGGCCCAGUACCUAAUUGAAAGCUCUAAAGUGAAGUUGUCCAGGAACCAGCGAUUCUCGGCCUCCUUCCAUCAUACAGUGGAAACCCUGGUCAACAUGCUGAUGCCUCACAUUACUCAGAAAUAUAAAGACAACCUGGAUGCAGCCAGGAAUGCCAACCACAGCCUCGCAGUCUUCAUCAAGCGCUGUUUCACUUUUAUGGACAGAGGCUUUGUGUUCAAGCAGAUUAACAACUACGUCAAUUGCUUUGUUCCGGGAGAUCCGAAGACUCUCUACGAAUUCAAGUUUGAGUUUCUGCGUGUGGUGUGUAACCAUGAACACUACGUUCCUCUGAACUUGCCCAUGCCGUUUGGGAAGGGAAGAAUUCAGAGGUUCCAAGCUUUUCUUUCUCCAAACGUGGAGUCACAUGAUACUCCAGUAGACCUGCAGCUGGAUUAUUCUUUAACGGAUGACUUCUGCAGAAACCAUUUCUUGGUCGGCCUUCUGCUGAGAGAAGUGGGGAGUGCUCUCCAGGAGUUCAGAGAAAUCCGGCAGAUUGCCAUCAGUGUGCUCAAGGGCCUCAUGAUCAAGCACACGUUCGAUGACCGAUACUCCUCGAAGAGCCAGCAGGCGAGACUAGCCACGCUGUAUUUCCCCCUCUUCAGCUUGCUGCAGGAGAAUGUACACAGAGUCAACGUGAAAGACGUCUCCCCUUUCGCCAUUAACCAUUCCAACAAUAAUGUGAGAGAUGACUCUCUCCUGGGGAGUGCCAUGAUGACACCUCAGAAGCCAGGGAGCAGUCUGGACAACAGUUUGCAUAAGGAUGUUUUUGGUGUAAUCUCCGGAACAGCGUCUCCACAUGCCUCCUCCACUCCGAACAUCAACUCCGUGCGUCAUGCGGACUCCCGUGGCUCCCUUAUCAGCACCGAUUCUGGAAGCAGCCUUCAGGAGAAGGGCAGUGACAAGACCAAUUCUCUGGAUAAGAAUCAGCCAGCAUCCUCACUGGGGAGCUGCGUCAUACGCUGUGACAAGCUGGACCAGGCCGAGAUCAAGAGUCUGCUCAUGUGCUUUCUCCAUGUGCUCAAAAGCAUGUCUGAGGAUGCCCUGUUCACUUAUUGGAAUAAGGCUUCUUCAACGGAGCUGAUGGAUUUUUUCACACUCGUAGAAGUGUGUCUUCAUCAGUUCAGAUACAUGGGAAAGCGAUACAUUGCAAGGAACCAGGAGGGGGUGGGACCUGUAGCACAUGAACGGAAAUCUCAGACUUUGCCUGUGUCCCGUAACAGAGCAGGAAUGAUGCAUGCCAGAUUACAGCAGCUCAGCAGCCUGGAUAAUUCGUACACUUUUAACCACAGCUACACCCAUUCAGAUGCUGACGUGUUGAACCAGUCUCUGCUGGAAGCAAAUAUUGCGACAGAAGUGUGCCUUACUGUGCUGGAUACACUGAGCAUUUUCAUCAUGGGGUUCAAGACUCAGUUGUGUGCAGACCAUGGCCAUAAUCCGCUGAUGAAGAAGGUGUUUGAGGUCCUUCUUUGCUUCCUUCAAAUCAAUCAGUCUGAAGCCGCUCUGAAACAAGUCUUUACUUCACUGCGAACUUUCAUUUACAAGUUUCCAUGCACAUUUUUCGAUGGCCGGGCGGACAUGUGCGCUUCCUUCUGCUAUGAGAUCCUGAAAUGCUGUAACUCCAAGCUCAGCUCCAUCCGCAGUGACGCAGCCCAUCUCCUCUAUUUUCUCAUGAAGAGCAACUUCGAUUACACAGGACGGAAAUCUUUUGUCCGGACACACCUCCAGGUGGUGAUUGCCGUGAGCCAGCUGAUUGCCGAUGUGAUUGGAAUAGGGGGCACCCGUUUUCAGCAGUCCCUCUCCAUUAUCAACAACUGUGCCAACAGCGACAAAACUGUUAAGAACACAGCAUUCCCCUGGGACGUGAAGGACCUGACGAAGCGAAUCCGCACGGUGCUGAUGGCCACGGCUCAGAUGAAGGAGCACGAGAAGGACCCUGAGAUGCUGGUGGACCUCCAGUACAGUCUGGCCAAAUCCUACGCCAGCACUCCAGAGCUUAGGAAAACCUGGCUGGACAGUAUGGCCAGGAUCCACGUCAAGAAUGGAGAUCUUUCAGAGGCAGCUAUGUGUUAUAUCCAUGUGGCAGCACUGGUUGCUGAAUACCUCAGGAGAAAAGAGCUUGGCAGCCGUCUCAGAAUCGAGGUUUUGGUCAUCCAAGGAAUGUUCAAGCAGGGCUGCUCAGCCUUCCGAGUGGUCACACCUAAUAUAGAGGAAGAGGCCUCCAUGAUGGAGGAUGUGGGCAUGCAGGAUGUUCAUUUCAACGAGGACGUGCUGAUGGAGCUGCUGGAGCAGUGCGGUGAUGGGCUGUGGAAGGCCGAGCGCUACGAGGUGAUUGCCGACAUCUAUAAGCUCAUCAUCCCCAUCUACGAGAAACGCCGGGAUUUCGAGAAACUUGCCCACUUGUACGACACGCUACACCGUGCGUACAGUAAGGUGACAGAGGUGAUGCACACAGGCAAAAGGCUCCUCGGCACCUUCUUCAGAGUGGCUUUCUUUGGGCAGGCAGCGCAGUACCAGUUUACUGACAGUGAGACAGAUGCGGAGGGAUUCUUUGAAGAUGAAGAUGGCAAAGAGUACAUUUAUAAGGAACCUAAAUUCACUCCCCUCUCAGAGAUUUCCCAGAGGCUGCUCAAGCUCUACUCAGACAAGUUUGGCCAAGAGAAUGUCAAAAUGAUUCAAGACUCUGGAAGGAUUAACCCGAAAGAUUUGGACUCCAAAUAUGCAUACAUCCAGGUCACCCACGUGACUCCAUACCUGGAUGAGAAAGAGCUAGCGGACAGGAAGACCGACUUUGAAAAGAGCCACAAUAUCCGCCGCUUUGUCUUUGAGAUGCCUUUCACCGUCUCGGGGAAGAAGCAGGGAGGGGUGGAUGAGCAGUGCAAACGAAGGACCAUCCUUACAACAACACACAGUUUCCCCUAUGUGAAGAAGCGGAUUGCGGUAAUGUACCAGCAUCAGACGGACCUCAACCCCAUCGAGGUAGCCAUCGACGAAAUGAGCAAGAAGGUGGCGGAGCUGCGGCAGCUAUGCUCGGCCUCAGAGGUGGACAUGAUCCGGCUGCAGCUCAAACUGCAGGGGAGCGUGAGUGUGCAGGUAAAUGCUGGCCCACUGGCAUACGCCAGGGCCUUCCUCGAUGAUGCCAGCUCAAAGAGGUACCCAGACAACAAAGUGAAACAGCUGAAAGAAGUCUUCAGACAAUUUGUGGAAGCCUGUGGUCAGGGGUUAAGUAUCAAUGAGCGGCUGAUUAAAGAAGACCAGCUGGAAUAUCAGGAAGAGAUGAAAGCCAAUUACAGAGAAAUGGCUCGAGAGCUCUCAGAAAUCAUGCAUGAACAGAUCAGUCCAGUGGAUGAUGGGGUGAAGAGUGUGCUCCCAGACUCGCUUCACAUUUUCAACGCCAUCAGUGGGACUCCGACCUCCACCACCAUCCAGGGUAUCCCCAGCUCUUCUUCAGUGGUGUGAAGGACGGCGCACAGAAAAGUGAACGCUGUCCCUUAGGAACCAUCAUUUGGUUUUCUUUCUACAUCAUUGUUUACACUCGGAGGAGCGGUCUCCAAAGCUGAAUAUCGGGCGUGUGGUACAAAUCCAUGCGCGUUGAGGGAACAGAGAAAACAGAGAAAAGAGAAAACAGGUCUGAGCUCAUGUCUGACGUGGUAGGGCUUCCGUGUCCUGCAAAGGGGAUGGUGUUCACAAUUUCAUGCCGGUUUACAGAAAUUGUUACUGCUGUGUACGAAAGUAUUGCAGACAGUUUGUUUUUGUGCAGGACGUUCUCCUUACACUGUGGAGUGUGGCUACUCAGCACAACAAGAAUAAAAAGGGGUUUUGAAAGGAAGUUUUUUAUCGUUUUACCUUUAUUGUGUAUAGUUUCCAUAUUAAACUGUAUCUGUGCCGUGUUCUUGUGUAGUGUUUCCUGUGGAGACUCAAGAAUGUGGAUUUUCAGCAGCAAGAACACUUCAUGCAUGUAAUUAGUUACCUUGGUCUAACAUAUGGUCAAUUCUAUAUUCUUUUUUUUAAUGAGCCGAAAACUCUUGUCCAUACUUUUGUAUGUAUUCAGGUGUAUUAUAAAUGUCUCUUCUGAAACUGAGCAUUCAUCUUCAGAGGGAGUAUUAAUGAACUAUAAUGUAGCUCUCCACAUGUUGGCGUUCAUUAGUAUAUUACCGACUUUCUGUUUAUGAAGACAUUAUAUUUCUACACAGAAUCGUCUUAUUUUAAGGAAUCCUCACAAGAGUUUUAGCCUCCUGCUUCAGAUACUUAAACCUCUUAAUUUUAUUAUUUUAAAAAGUACACUAAAAAUAAGGCCCUAGCACAAAUAUAUUUUAAGUUGUUUAUUCUUGUAUAUAAAGGAGUGCAAUAUUUGUCUUUUUGCAAAGUGUUUUAUGCUGUUUGGUUCGUACACUGUAAAGAUAAUGUUCAUCCUUUUGCCAAAGAGAUGGAAUAUGUAACCAGUCAUAAUGUACCUUGCGGACAUGUUUGUUCAGAAUUAAAGCUUUUACCAUGUUGAUGUUCAUUUAAAUUGUUAAUUGCAUAAUUUUAUAUGGGGAAGUAAGGGUUUUUUAUUUUAUUUAACUGAAGGUCACCACUGUUCUGCUGUAUUUAAAUUAUAUGUUCCCUAAUGCUUCUCUUUCAAUUAAAAUCACUAAUGUCUCUGCAGAUGUUC